AUGACGGAUAAAGGUUCUUCAUCGAGAUCUCGCAAAACAAACGCUCCUAAUAGCAAAGAGAAUACCAAUAAUAUCAACACAGCGAAUAUUAUAGAAGCUGGUGAAAGUAGUCUGGUGAACAGUAUAUUAACCGGCGGCUUAAAGCCACAGAAUAGUCAACAAAACGAUAAGUCAACUACAGAUCAACAAGAACUCACGUCUGAUCAACAAACAACCAACUCAUCUAAGAGUCCGAGAAAGAACGGGCAAACGAACAGAGUAGAUAGCCAAGUAAAGUCAACGACUCAAUCAAAAGGGAAAGCUCCAGAAGUAGUUGGUGAAGACUAUAUCUCCAUUCUGUCAGGGAAACCUUCCAAUGUAACGAACACUCGAGAAAUAGUCACUCAGAAGUCGAAAGCAGGUGAAGAAGAAACACCUACGUCAGUUGACCUAACUGAGGAGGUCGAUUUAAAUGACAUGAACUCGGUUUGGCAACACGCCUUAUCGCUGGCAGCCAAAGGAUCUAUCGAUGAAGCGACUAUGUACUUUAAGAUCCACGCCACGUUAUCCUCUAACUCAGCUAAGAAGGUCACCGAAGUAGAUGAUCAUCAGAAGCGUACCUUACCCUAUACAGAUGCAGAAGUGGUAACAGAAGGUGGACUGAUUUUCAUUCCCGGAGCGAUAACGUCUCACACCAAUAUUGGAUUCACUCCAUACUUCGAUCGUAACUUACGAGAGCUAAAAGGUCCUAUCCCCUUAAUGAUCUUUAACAAGCAAUGGCAAGACCUAGCCAACGGGUACCACGUUGAGAAAAGAGUGAAAACCGACAAUAUCAAUAAAGACACAACAACUUAUACCGGAUAUCCAUACCCUCAUGAAAUGACCCAAUCCUACUCAACCUGGAACGUAAAUUACCGAAACUUCGUAACCACCCUCAGAGACGUUUAUAAAUUUAAGUUAUUCGCGUCCUGA